AUGGUCGCCGUGCCCACGGCCUGGUGCUCCGUAGCUCUAGCCCUGCUCGUGGCCCUGCACGAAGGGAAAGGCCAGACCGCUGCAGCCACAGAGCAGCCAGCGCCCUUAGCCCGUGCCUGGGGCGCCCACCUGCGGCCUCGGCGGUGCUCCUGCAGCUCCUGGCUCGACAAGGAGUGUGUCUACUUCUGCCACCUGGACAUCAUCUGGGUGAACACUCCGGGACAGACAGCUCCUUACGGCCUGGGAAACCCGCCAAGACGCCGGCGCCGCUCCCUGCCAAGGCGCUGUGAGUGCACCAGCGCCAGGGACCCCGCCUGUGCCACCUUCUGCCAUCAAAGGCCUGGUAGGGACAUUUCUGCAGCCAAGAUCUACCUUGCCAGGCGGCAGCAAAAAACAGCAAAAGAUCCCAGGCCCACACACCCUAGGCGGAGGAAGAGAUAGUGCUAGGAGCUGGAGGACCAUUGGGAAGGAAGCCCAUGAGGAGACAAAAGGAGAGGGGCAGCCCAGGGCUUGUGGAAGACCCUCUGCCUGUUCCCUGGGGAGAGGACCCUGGUGCCGGCCAACUGGAGUCGCUCACUGGGAUUGGCACAAGCCCUGGCUCCUCGCCCCAGUGGGGGAAGCUCCCUCCAGGCAGCUCCAUACCGUCACACUGCCCAGGAAAGCCCUAAGCCCCCGACUGCAGAGAGGCCUCCUGGUGCUGGUUCCUGGCCCAGCAGCCCUGCUAAAGGAACCUCUGGGGAGUGUGUGAACCUGGAGUCCACGUUCCUGUCGGCCUACAGACCAGGAGCAGCUGUGUGGCAAGUGGGCGCUCACACCCAAGCCAGCCCUGGAGGCUGGACAGGAUCCACCUGCCCUAGGACUGGUGUCUCUGCCACCCUGUCUGUCCUCUCCAGCUCUGUCCCCAGAGUCCUCGUACCUUCAGCCCUCAGAACAUUCCUGGUGAGAAGGGCCUGCUCUGCUCACCCAUCUGUACAUAACUUAUUUGCUGUAAGAACUUUGA